AUGGAAUACAAGCUAUACAAUUAAGUCCAGUUGGGUCAAGUAGUAUACAAUUAACUUAAAUUUCCUUUACUUCUAAAUAAAAUUUUAGAAUAACAAUUACUUUGACAAAUGCCAUCUUUGAAAUGAAAUCCUGGAUCGCAUUAACUGCAUUUUGUAUUAUAUAAUAUUUCAACGAUACUCUCAUAAGACACAUAUUUAUCUUAAUAGUUAAUGGGACAAUUUUAAUCAUAAGAAAAACACUUUUAGAGACCUUCUUAUUUUAAAUAUAAUGCUAGAAAAAAUCCUUAACUGCAACUUAGACACUAAAAUCCUACUACACCGGGUAUAGACUGAGC